AUGUCCCCACAGGCUGGUGCCACCAGGUUUUGUCCAGCUGAGGGUGGCAGUGAUGGCUCCCAUGUGGCUUCCCAGCUUUUCCCCAGGGAACACCAGCAUCCUGUGGGCUGGGAGGGUGCAGGCAGCAAGGCAGGGCCCUGGCAGUGCAGGCAGCUCAGGUCCCCCCUGUGUUGGCUUGCAGAAGAAGACCCGUCGGGAGGAGGAGAAGAAGAGGAGAUGCCCUCCUUCAGCUACCGACUGAGGGGCAGGGCACGGACCAACUGCAGCCGGUGCCAGAAGAACCUCUCCCUCCAGACGGCCGUCAAGAUCCUCUACAUCAUCUCCAUCCUCCUCAUCAUGGCUGUGACUGUGCUGGCUGCCCUGGUGUUCAAGAAAGUUGACACCAUCUCAAAUGAAAUCAGCUCAGCCCAGACCUAUUAUGAGAAGAAGAUCAUAAACCUCCAGGAGGAUCUCCAGGGGUUGGAUGAGAAGUCCUCAGGGAACUGCUCCCUCUGCCACGAGACUGGACAGCUAGGUCAAGAGAUCACCAAGCUGCAAGGAGAGCUGGAGGAGAUCCAGAAGAUGCUUUUGGUUCAAGAAAUCCUGCUCGACCGGACCUCCCAGACCCACAACAUCCUCUCAUCCACCAGCAACAAGAUCACCAGUGAGGUGGACAAUUGCUCCUUCUCCAUCCAGCAGGUCAAUGAAAGCUUGGGGCAGUUCCUGGCCCAGGUUGGGGGUUGGCAGGUGGUCAGCACCCAGCUAGACAACUCUCUGAAGGGCUUGGCCCAGGAGCGCUAUGAUGUUCGAGCAGCCAUGCAGCAGAUGAACUUCACCCUGGGACAGACCUCCGACUGGCUCCAGGUCAUUCAGAGGAAGACGGAUGAGGAGACGUUGACGCUGCAGAAGAUUGUCACCGAAUGGCAGAACUACACGCGCCUCUUUGGCGGGCUGAGGGCCACCUCUUCCAAGACCAGUGAGCUGGUGAAGAGCAUCCAAGGCAGCGUCGGGGCAGCAGCUCGGCAGGUCAGCCAGAACUCAGAGAACAUGCACGAUCUGGUGCUGCAGGUGAUGGGGCUCCAACUGCAACUGGACAACAUCUCCUCCUUUCUGGAUGACCACGAGGAGAACAUGAAUGACUUUCGCUACCACAACAGGUACACGCAGAACCGCACGGCCGAGCGCUUCGAGACUCUGGAAGGUCGCAUGACCUCCCACGAGAUUGAGAUCAGCACCAUCUUUGCCAACAUCAACGCCACCGACAGCCACGUCCACAGCAUGCUGCGCUACCUGGAUGACGUGCGGCUCUCCUGCACCCUGGGCUUCCACACCCACGCCGAGGAGCUCUACUACCUGAACAAAUCCCUCAGCCUGGUCCAGGGCACCACGGACCUGCUGCGGGAGCGUUACAGCCUGCUCAGUGCCCGCUUGGACUUCGACAUCCGCAACCUCUCCAUGGUCAUGGAGGAGAUGAAGGUGGUGGAUGUCCAGCAUGGGGAGAUGCUGAAGAACAUCACCAUCUUACGAGGUGUUCCUGGCCUCCCAGGUCCCCGCGGGCUCAAGGGCGAUGUGGGCGUCAAGGGCCCCCCAGGAAGCCAAGGAGAGAAGGGCGACACGGGCAGUCUGGGCUCACCAGGACCCCAGGGACACCCUGGUUCCCCAGGACCCCCUGGUCCCCAGGGCCAAAGGGGUCCCCUGGGCUUAAAGGGCUUCCCUGGCCUCAAGGGUGCCAAGGGCAGCUUUGGGCCAUCUGGCUCACAGGGACAGGGGGGACCCAAGGGAGACCCUGGCCUCCCAGGCCCUGUUGGUGUGACAGGGCCAGCAGGACCCCCCGGCCCACAGGGCAAACCAGGACUGCCUGGGACCCCCGGGGCUGGGGGACAGGUUGGCCCCAUGGGGCCCAAGGGAGACCCUGGCUUGCGAGGCCCCCCAGGGCUGCCGGGCCCCCCUGGGCCCCCAGGACAGUAA